GACUGCACUCCAGAAUCACCAUCCGCUCAGUCUUGAUGCCUUGGCGAGCAUCAUCAUUCCAUUGAGAGCUGUCCAGGUGCUUUGGCUGUCUCCACGGUGCUCAAUUGGCUCGGGAUUUAGCCCAAAAGGCGAAUAUAUAGUAAAAAUUUAGUGGAAAGUGUCUCUCCCCUUCCGCAGUGGCUUCUAUCUGGUGGGGUUCAGUGCUCUAAAUCCAUUAUUACUAAAGCAAUUAAUCACAAAAUCUCCAAACUGAAUGUGACUGAAGUGCUUGAUAGAAAGUGAAAGCCUAAGAGUUCUCUCUCUGUCCUCACGAGAAAAUCUUCUGAAUUUCCCCGCCAAAUUCAUCUGAAUUUUCACCAACUGCCAUGACGAUCUUGAGGAUCAUCCCCACGGGGAUAUUCCUUCUCACUAUGGCAGCAAUUGCUGGUGCUGGCAAUUCCAAAGACAGAGUCCACGUGAAGAUCCACGUGCCUGAGAUUGUCAAGAAGCACAUUCACACGAGAACCAUCUACAAGCAUCACUAUCAUAAAGUUCCAAUGCAUCAUCAUCCCCACAAGAUGCCUCCGCAUCAUCACAUGGGACACGCCACGCAUCUUGAGCCUAUCUUCAACCUGGCACCGAUUCAUCAGCCGAUCAAUCAACAUAUCCAACCUGUCAAUCAGCACAUUAACCAGCCCGUUAACCAACACAUCAACCAACCUAUGUUCCACACAGGGCCAGGAGCAAGUGCAGCUGAUAAUCUGGAUGUCAAAGUGCCUUGGUUCCCUAAACUAGCACCACCACCACCGCCUAUAAUCCCCGUAGCGCCGAUACCGCCAAAACUUGUAGAUCCACCACAGCCUCCACCACCAAAUCCCGAGCUUGAGCAUGGUUCCUAUUCCCAUUCUGUCAUGGAUAACUCUUAUGAAAUGGACAGUGAAGAGUUGUUGAAGGAUGUAGGCCCUGUGAGUUACGCUGAAUACGAAUCAUACAAACCUAUCUACAACGCGCCUACGGGGAAGUACCGACCUAUCCCUGAGCAUACAACUGCUUACUCGGUAUCACAUGGGGAGACUGGGAUCAGACCAAAUCCGCCAAGGCCAAGUAUGCCAAGGCCAGUUUCAGUGAUGGAGAAUUCCUUCGAGAUGCCCAAACACACGACACAGAUGUCACCAACAUCGACGAGCUACAGCCAUCAAAUGCACUACUUCCCAUCCGCCGGAGAGGAGGACGUUGCUGUUCCCGUGAAUACGAAUAGCAAGCAUCCGGUGUGGUAUAUGUCGUCAUCUGGAUCAGACGAGCAUGGUCAGAAAUUGCAGCCGGCUAAGGCAAUGGAAUCCGAUGACUUCUCCCACUUUGAUAACAUUCUUACAACUAAACCAAGGAGUGUCAUCACAAAAUAUGGCGCCAAAGUACCUUUGAAAGAACUGAGCGAGAUCCGAAGGCGGAUCCGGAAGCAUAAGAUUUCCAAGAAAUCCCAUUAGUGAGCCUUCCCUGAUCAUUCACCCUCCAUGAGUAUUUAUUGAUGUAAUUUUUGUACACAGUGAUUAACACAUUUAUAAUUGUUAUUGUUACCUAAGAUUGGAUAAAAUAAAAACCAUUACAGGGAAGUUCAAUUGAGAUGGACUCUCUCAAUCAA